GUGUUUUCUGAUUGUCACAGUGCACGGACACCAGCUGAACUGAACGGUAACAAAACUCCCUUUUCAAUACUGAGGUGAUUGGACAUGGAGUGGGAGAGCAAACUGAAGCGUGCCCAGUCACUGAAGAGCAUCCCAUCAUCAUGUGACAAGCCCACCAGGACGGAGACAGUACUGCGGAACAGGACAACAUCUGUGUCUCAGCUUGUUUCCAGGUAUCAAACUACAGUGGUAGUGAGCACGUCUGUUCAAGAAACAACGCUGAAUAAUGGUGAGGUAAAGCCAAAGCCGGUGAUGAAAGAGGUGACCUCUAAGCAGAUGAUGAAAGAGGUGACCUCUAAGCAGAUGAUGAAAGAGACAUCAUCAUCUAACCUGGAGUUUCUGAUGCUGAGAAAUAAAGAGAGGGAACGGUCUCGAGCCAAGGCCAAUUUGACCCGCAGUAAGUCAGUGGGGAGUCUUCAAAACAACACCGGGUCUAUAGAGACCCUGAAGGCUCUCUUUGAGCAAAAGGGUGCCACACAAAAUAAUUCAAAGAGCAGCUUCAGAGCCACAAGUUUCCCUUCAGCCUACAAAGCAGCAGACAGCAUGCCAGUGAUGAAUGGAGGGUUUGAAGAGGUGAAGAGCUCUGCAGAGAAACAAAAGGCCAAAGCUCCUGCUGAUGCUCCUGCUAAUGAUACUAAAGCUGAAGGAAAAGAUCACGUGACCCGAAAGGUGGCCAAUCAGAGCAAGUUGGAGAGAAGGAAAACAAUCGGGGGCAUUGAUUUUGAAAAUCUUGCUGCUUCUCAAGCUGAUGAAAAGAGGAGGUCAUUUGCAAAUUCCAGAGACAGCUCCUUCCACCAAACCAAGGAGACACUGAGCAUCUCAGUCAAAGCUAUGUCUGCACUGUAUCUGUCCAAGGCGGCACCUCAGGAAUCAAACCGCAGCUUGAAACAGGCACAAGAAAAAUCAUCAGAACCCGGGAAAAAAGGGAAACUAACCAAGUUUCUACCCAGUUGUCAACAGAUGUGUUCAGCCUGUUCGAAGCCGGUUUAUCCAAUGGAAAAAAUUACUACAGACGAUUACAUUUUUCACAAACGCUGCUUCUGCUGUAAGCAGUGCAAGAAAAUAUUAAGCAUGCAGAAUUACGCACCGUUGUAUGGGGAAUUCUAUUGCAUAUUUCACUACAAACAACUGUUCAGAAGAAAAGGGAAUUAUGACGAGGGCUUUGGACAUGCUCAGCACAAGAACAGAUGGCUUCUGAAGAGCACUGCUGAUGACGGCAAUGAGUCAGAGUCUGAAGCAUAAUCAUAAAAACUGACAAUUCCUCAGCUGAUGGUGACUUUGACGACAUGGAAACUCUUCUUGAAGAUGUGUUUGAGUCACCAUGAAAAAUGAAGACUGCUGUUCAAAUCAUAAAACUGUACAUACACUGAAUGGUAAUGAAUGAAAGUGGUUGACACAUCAACUAAAUUCAACAAAUACUGUAGAAAAACUGACAUGUGCUUACUCAUGAAAUUAUCUCUUUGCUUCAGUUAGUUUUAUAAAAUCAAACUCUGCUUUUUGAGCUAAAAUUAAUAUAAAAUUAUUUUAUACAAAAUCCUUUCCAGUGGACUUAACUUUA